AAAACAAUCCAUUUCCCUGCCUCAAAAUCUCAUCAUGGGCAAGGCUAAUUAUAAGUCAUCAUGAAGGAAGAAUUCCUCGGGUUUCUUUGCAUCUUUCACGUCCCAACUCACCCCACCUUUUCCCACCACCUUUGGCUUAAUCUAUUGCUCAAUGUCUCGUCUCCCUAACCCUGCAUUGCAAAGCUCCAUCGCUGGCCUCCCAGCUAAAGCUUUCUCCUAUUCCCCGACCCCCCCCUCACCCGCGGACAAAAUAAUAGCCCGAUGGUGCUCAUCGGCGGAUGCACAUGGUUGCACUGACUGAACUGUACUUGAGCUAGUGAGGCAGCAGCAGAGCAGGUAAGCUAGCUCAAUCCACACUUGAUAAGCGCCUUUUCUCUCUCUCUCUCUCUGUGUCUCCAAGUGGUGUAGGUUGUGCCGGCGGCAUGGGUCUUGGGCCAGUUCAUCAUUGCUUGGCCUCUCUUCUUGCCCUGCUUCCUCUCCUCUGCUGCCACGCGAGAGGGUUCGAGCAUCGGGCGCACGGCGACGCGUCCCAGCCGCGGUCUGUGGUGAGGCUGGAGCGCGCGCGGGACAUGCCGGAGCUGGACGUGACCACGCCGCUCGCGACCGUCCCGCUGGUGAACCCAACACCGAUGCCGGAGGCGACCGCCGCGCCGACGCUGGCGCACCCGACGGCCGCGGCUGGCGCGGGGAGCUGGUGCGUGGCAAGCCCGAGCGCGGGCGCGGCGGCGCUGCAGGUGGCGCUGGACUACGCGUGCGGGCAGGGCGCGGACUGCUCGCCGAUCCAGCCCGGCGGGAGCUGCGCCGACCCGGACACCGUCCGCGACCACGCCUCCUACGCCUUCAACUCCUACUACCAGAAGAACCCCGUCCAGACCAGCUGCGACUUCGCCGGCGCCGCCAUCCUCACCAGCACCGACCCUAGCACCACCUCCUGCAAGUACCCAUCCACCAGUACCGGUGCUUCCGUCCUGAACACGACGUCUCCGGUGACCCCGGUGAACCCGACGUACGGAUCCCCUCCCGGCGGCUCCUACAACUCUCCUCCUGGUCCUGGCGGCUACUACAACUCCCCGCCUCUCUAUGGGUCCAUGUCGCCCCCGGACUACGGCGGCAGCAUCAGCGCCGCCACGGCCAUGAUGCCGGGCAGCAAGAUCACGACGGCCGUGACAACGUCGCUGGCGUGCCUCGUCGUCGUCGCAACGGUGUCUCUCAACCUGUGCAAGUAGGAAGCCAAGUUUGCAGGGUUGUAAUUCGCGCGCAAGUCCACUCGGAGGCAGGAGGCUCAAGUGGACUGAAGAUGAUUCAGAUAAACAAUCACCAAAUGCAUCCAGAAAACAGAGGAGACGCCAUGGCAAAAGCAGAGUGGAAAUGGCCACCGGGCAGGCUGGCCCCUAGUCAGUCAGUGUUGCAAAUAUUUGUAGCUGUAGUCAGUGCAAGCGAGUUUUGGCGUAUGUUUCAGAUGGGGUGUUUGUACUUGCAUGGCAUAUUUCUCCACUGUGGAGGAGAAAAAUAUAUCUUGUAUAAACCCACGUUCAUCGGAUCUGGUAUUUGAUCAUGUUUUUUGUAAUAAAUAUUUGAUCAUGUUCA